CACAGUGCAAAGGUUUGGUGUUGCUUACAUCCUGGUCACGCUACCUGGAUCCUUAUCCCUGGAGAUCCUUCUCCCUGGAUCCUUCUCCCUGAUCAUUCUAACUGGGUUACUGGACGUAAAAACACCGACGUGGUUUUACAGCCCUCCGGCAUCAACGGACAGAUUCAGACUCCACUUCCUGUUUGAAAAUGCCUCUGUUUCGGGCGUCGGGUGAGCGUGGGGGGGCGAAGGCUCGGCCCAGGCGGAGGAGGACGAGGAGUAGGGAGUGGAUGAAGACGGAUGAAGAUGUCUCCGUCCUGCCGUUGACACGGCUGUGUCUCCUGAGCCUCGCAGACAACAUGACGGAGGUCUGGGCGAAGGACUACGCCGACAGCUACCUGGACCGGUACUCAUUCAGAUACAUCAUGGGGCCUUUCAACCUGCUGCCGGCUGCGCUGGUGGAGGAGCUGAUGCGGCUGCUGUGCAGCAGGAAGCAGAUGUCCCGGGCAGCUCUGCACCUCCUGCUGGUCCCCCACCUCCGUGGCCUGUCUCUGGGAGCGUGUCCCGGUCUGGUCACCCCCGCUCUCUGUGCCCACAUCACUGCACGUUGCCAGGGUCUGUGGAGUCUGGACCUGUCUGGAGCCCAGCAGCUGUCCCCCAAGCUGCUGUCUGAAGCGCUGUGCUGUCUCCCUGCGCUGCGCUCGCUCUCCCUCGCCGCCACACCGUCUGACGCACGCGUAAUCAGAACAAUCGCCCAGCGCUGUCGUUUGCUGCGCCAUCUGGACAUAUCUCGCUGUCACUUCCUGUCCCCGGCUUCGCUGCUUCCUCUCGGAGGCGGGACUUCCUUUCCGUUCUCUGGCGGUCCGUCUGCGUCUUCUUCCUGCGCUGCGCCGCCGCCGGCUCUGCCCCUCUGCAGCCUGCUGGCUCUGGAUAUCGGGUUUGGGAAGGAAGAGGGGGACGCUGUGGCGGCGGCGGCCUACCUCCUCCUCUCCCUGCCCUGCCUGGAGACCCUGGACCUGGACGGCCUGGCGCAGGCCUGCUGUCUCAUCCAGCACGGACGGUUCGGACUCACGGACGAGUUCAGCGACCGGGAAGGAGUUCCCCGGCUGGGGGAGGUGUGGAGGGAGUGGAGGCACAGGCAGGGCUCGGACAGAUCCAGGGAAAAGACAGAAGGUGCAGGGGCAGAAGAUGAUGAUGAAGAAGAGGAGGAGGAGGAGGAGAGGAUACUGUUGAAUGGGUACGGUCGUGAGAGUAGAGAUGAAGAGCCAAGGGAUCAAGCGGAGGAAAACCUGCAAGACCGGGUUUCGUCAGGUGACCGCCUGAUCCUGCGUCUGAAGGACGUCAAGGGCGUAUCAUGUGAGUGUCUGGACAGCUUGAGUCGUGCGUGUCCAAACAUUCGCUCCGUAUGUGUGGACGCUGAGGAGGACGUGGACACCAGAGGACGGAGCCAGGGCUCCCUGUUGGCCUCCGGCCUCCGGGCGUGGGCCGGCCAGCUGCAGCGUCUCUCCGUGCGCUUCCCCGGCCCGCUGCCGGAUCUACUUCCUGCCGUGGACGUCGCGGGCUCCUCUUUGGUGUCUCUCACGCUGCAGGGGGUGAAAACCAGCCGUCGCACACCUCUCCUGGAGGCCAUUAAGGCCUGUCCCAGACUCAGAGACCUGCUCAUCUCCGCCGAGCCUCCCACGGGCCCACAGGACGAAGAAGACGAGGACGAUCAGCGGGACGAAGACCGGGAUCUUCCUCAGCUGCCUCACCUCUGCUCUCUCACACUCAAUUUCUCCUACGAGCACAGCCAAAUGAAGCCCGUCGUGUCCUGGAUGUCCCUGAAGAGGGCGCUCAGGUGUCUCCUGACUGGUUCUCCUCUCCUGGAGAAGCUGUCUCUGGUCUCCCUUCCCUGCCCUCUGGACUGCGUCUUCAACGACGUUCUGGGCAGCUUAGACCUGGACUUGGACCUGGAUGCGCAUCUCUUUGCAGACUCCACAGACUCGCCUCGUGUGCCGCUCGCACGGCUUCGCCACGUCGAGCUGCCGCGGACGGAUGUUACCAUGGUUACGGUGAAAAGGAUGAUGCAACGGAGCAAGAGACUCAAAUACGUGGAUGUGAAUCACUGCUGGCAAAUCAGCCUGCUGGAGUGGUCGGACUGCAAGACGUUCAGUAAAGUCCAAGUCGUCUGGUCUUAGGGAAGAGACAUUCAUUCAUUCAUUAAGUCAUUCAUUCAUUCAUAUUUAUUAUACAGGAAGUCAAAAGUAACAUAACAUGACAAUAUAAACGGGCCUGAACCAGGUUCCUGUUCUGCAGAAACAUAAAACCUUGACAGCAACUUACAACAGGAGAAAGUGGAUUUCCAACCCUUUGAAAUGUAAAUCAGGUUUUUAUGUUUAUCAUAUCAUUAGAAAAUGAAAAAUACGUAUGUGUGUGUGUGUGUUUCAAACCCGCUUCUGAUGUCAGAAUCAAACCAACAACCAAUGAAAAAGUUUUUGUGCUGGGCAAUUCCUUUUAUC